GUUGAAACAAGAGAGAUAAAUCGACUCAGGAAAAUGUUGCAAUAUCGGUGAAACGAUGAAUUUGAUGGAAACAACGAAACAGAAAAAGCACUUUUCGGGGAUCAAUUUCUUUUAGUGGAGUUGUAAUCUCUUGUCAGUCGGCCCAUCUAGUAGCACUUGAAGAAGAUGGCUGCAGUGCAUUCUCUUUUCACAACGCACAGCAACAGUUCCCUCUUUGACGUCCCGCCACCAACUUAGCUCUUAAGCUUGAAAACAGUAUACAAACUACAGCAAGCACUUUCUACCAAACAAACUACAGCAAGCACUUUCUACCACAUCUACUUCUGGCAACAUCAUUACGUACGACACCUGCGCGGUCUUGUGACAAUUGGAGCUGUGCUUCUUGCCGUCGCUUUUUAGCGCAACUCUGUUUGAAUUGUAAUUCGGCUUUAUUUCCCCACUUGACCCGCCCAGGGCCAACAUCUACACGUAGAAUCUUCGUACCGAGUGGAGCUGGGUCAGAUCUUAUCUAGGACGAUUCGUUCCUAUUGAUAUCCAUAGCAUUAUCAUCAUAUCGAUCAUCUCGCGCAUCAUUGUACCAAAGAAAAUGCCGGCGCGUUUUCUUGCGAUGUCUCUCGUUUGUCACUUGUCGACGGUGGCAGUGGUCAGCGCAUUGCGGUCCAGGACCGCCGAACACCGUGAAGCCGUUACGAAUGUGGGCGCGGAAGGACUUCUUGCGUAUUACGAGGAUGCGUAUAACAAGCAUGGUUUCUUACGUGGGGCAACGAUGAAGUAUCAGGUCAAACGACUUGGAGAGGCAUUCAAUAUAGAUGCCACUUUAGCUCCGCAGCUGCGAGAAGAAGAGGUACAGAACCUGCUUUUUUCAUCCUUGCGUGAGUCACUCAAGGAUGACUUGACCGACCCCCAUCCGUGGUAUUACUUUUUGGACAAUUCCGAGAACGAGGACCGCACUAUCGUGCAUAUCUUUAAGCACCGGACGACGAGCGGAUCGUUCGAUUUUCCAGCGGCUUACUGGACCAUUUCGUUGAUCCGUUCGCCACCCAUUUCGCUGACCCGUCCCGGCCCCGACCAGGUCCGUCCUUUUGGCAUUACGUUGGAAUACAAGUCCGCCACGCCGCCUUCUCUCCCUUUGCGGUACAAAGUUGUUGAUCCGCCAACCUUGCGUUUCGGGCACAAAGCUUUUCUCGCCGCCCUCGUGAUCAACGGCCACCGCGACCAGGCACAUUUGCGGUUCACGGCUCACGGCACAGCCAUGAAGUGGCGGAGAUUCAAACCUUAUGACCAGGUGGCUCAUCUUAGCCUCCAAAAGGUUGCAGGUCGUCAGUCCCCAUGGCGGAAUCACGCACAGCUUGACACUUUUGUCCGUGACUUCCGUGACCUUUGGAACAUGCAUAUUAGCAGCGAGCAGUUGGUGAACCGGUGGGCUUCUAUGAUCAAUUCCUACGCAGCAAAGCCGCUGGUUCCACCUGUAUGCAUAUGCAAACAUGAUGUCUGGGUCGGGAAAAGAAUAAGUGCAACACUUACUAUUAUCGGCUAGCAUGAAGAAGACCUUCAAGGCUGUCACGCACGUUGCCCAAAAUGAUGGCAUGGGGCGCGCCGUUUUAUUCGUUCUGCACGUAGAUGUUGAACAGGCAAUUAGACCUACCAGCCCAAAAUCUUGUCAUGCAUGGCCGCCGAUGUUUCUGAUUCCUGGCCAACCCACGACAGCUUCACAAGCUUUCAGACCCACACAGACAGGAUGUUUGCAGUGGAUAUUCUCCAACUCGUCGCGCACUUCCGGUAAAUCCAAUUUCCGACGUGGUCCCCUUGGUUCCGGUCCCCUUUGCUGCUCUUGCGGGGGGGGGGGAAUGGGUCCCCGGCGGCUACUUCCGGUCCCCUUGAGGCUGCUCGGGUGCCCUUGCUCCAGGAUGUCCAGGAACCAGCGGGAGAUCCUACCAGUAGUAGUUCCGGCACUACCAGCAGGAGAUCUACCCUAGCGGGAAUCGAGCUGGCUUGUGUUGGAGCAUAAGUACUUAUAAAAGCUCCUAUAUGAUUUAGACGAUCCGAUGCUGACCGACGCAGCAAGGCUCUUAAAAAAAAAAACAAAAAAAGUAAGACUUUGCUUUGAUUUCUGAACAGCAUGUCUUGAAGAUGAAAAGACUUCUCCUAGCAAUUCAUCACACCUUUUGUCUUCCAGACAGGGUCUGUUUUUCUAUAAAAUUAGCGCUCCCAGCAUCAGGUACAGUUAGUUUUUCUAAGGCGGGCCCCACAGCAGCUCCGCCAGGUUGUGCUUUUUAUUGAAGUAGCGCUAGACACUGACACAUGAGAAGAAAGAACACCUUUCAACUGGUUCCAUGUGACCAAUCUCAACUGACAAACAAACAAAUAUCCUCCUACGCCAGCCAGCGAGGAUGCGCGAAGAUCAAGAGAAGCUGCAGGCACGGAAGAAAAGAAGAAGGGCGAGAACUCGACCUCCGUGCAUCUACUUUAGCCGGAACCCCAACAACUACAAGCGCUAUAUUAGUCCUCGCAAAAGAUAAAGCUCCCGAAAACCCCCAGCACUGAGACUGCUUUUGUUUUGUCUACAGGUCGACAGGGGUCGAAGUCGAAUAGUUUGAACAUACUUGCUCCAUGCAUUUUUACAAGCUGACGCAGAUUUUGUGUAUGUUCGAACCUUCCGCGUGUUUAGUUUAGCAUCGGUCCGUGCGUAGCAUUGCAAGCUAGCAAGCAUCUGUGCAUCUGAACGCCACAAAGAUUAGAAAUAGAACCAACAAGAAUCAUCGCCUCCAGUGUUUUAUUUUCUUCGUAGUGCUGGACAUCCUGAAGCUGCACCUUAACAGCAGGUGAUGUUGCCAUCGCUUGUUCUGUUUGUAAGGAGUGUAGCACUUCUGAUGAGUUUUCUGCUUGGCGCAACUAAACUACUACAACUACGCACUACUGAAAAAAUAAACCCGUAGCUGCUCUAGGAAACUAAGCUUGGCUACGGCACGAAGAUAAUACAACACUGCUACAGAUUCGUGAAAAACCGCACUGAUUUUUCCCCUUGUAGUUGUCAAAAUCCA